AUGAAAAGGUCUGAUAGUAAUGUAUAUCUGACGACAAAUCGAGAUUAUGGGUCGUUCUAUUCUGGCCGAUUACAGCAUGGUAAGAAAACUGCCGAUGAAGUAGCACGUGAGUUGAUGACCAAUGAUCAAAUUCGAAACGAACGCCGCCAACUGCCAUCGAUCGCUUACGAUCUUAUGUUUGAUAAGCACAGUUCUUUUCAAAUUGUUCACCGGAAUAAGAAGAGAUCUCAACCGGUUAUCUCACGCCUUCAGAUGAAAUAUAUGAAUGUGUCAACGAAGACAUACGAAGAAAGACAGCUGAUACUCAAAGAUACUUUGAAAGCCUAUGCAGCAUUCAUUGAAUGCAUCUAUGCAAAUAAACAAGAAAAAAAUCCUAAACUAUCAUGUGAUGUUUUGGAGCUUGUGGCUUAUGAACUUCAUUUGUUGAAUCCGGACCUAUCCUCCGAUGAAUUAGCUGAACAAAUGGUCGCAGUUACAGUUCCACAUGAAUAUUUAGGAAUGUCUUCUAUCAAUCCAGUCCAAUCAUACCCCGGUUCGGUGAAUGAUUGCGCAAAAACACCGCGUCUCCAACGACUUCUCGAUCAUUUCGAAAUUGCCAAAAAAAUGGUUCUAAACAGCAAACAAGAAUUCGACUCGACGAUGAUCAAUUCUCAGUCAUUACAUGGCACGCGCUACAUUUACAAUCCUUUCAAUAGUAGCAAAUCAUCUUGUCGAAUAUGA